AUGCAACACAGUCAGCUAGCCUCAGCCGUGGAGAACCUGAAUAAUAUCUUCUCAGGUAUGUUCAGCUGCACUCUUACAUGCCACUUGAUUGGGAACUGUUGUUGGCUUGCAUUGCAUUUUAUGUGACACUGUACAGUUACAAUGUAUUUGUAUAUUAAUAUUUCUCCACCCUUCGUGUGCAGUGCCUGAGAUGGUGGCAGACACUCCGUUAAUGAUAAAGCAAGCUGAGCUGGAGGGCCAGCACAAGCUGAUGAACCUGGAGUGCUCAUGGAAUGACCUCAUGUACGAUCAGUCCCACAUGGGCAGCAAGAACACUCACAACAUGAACCUCAUUUGA